AAACAGCAUAGCAGAGCACAAAUAUUGUUCCCAUCCACUAAUAUCUCCUUAUAAUCCAGUCAGACCGGAUAAGUCUGACUUUCAAAGAUACUUCCCAAAGGUCUGAUGUCCAGGUGUGGCAAAGAGAUAAAGAAUGGAAUGCUGGAAGGAAUUUAUCUUUAUCUACUGGUAUAAAAACCCUUGAGGGAAGGAUACGUGACAAACGGUCAGAGGAGCUGGAAACCUCCUAACUCACACGUAAGUACAAUCCUCUGGAAAUUUAUGCGGAAGAGAAAAUCAGAACUUUGUUGCUUGAACUUUCUGAGUAUUAUAUGGCAUAUUAGGGCAACAAUGAUAGAGCCAAUAGAAGUUAGGGAAAAUUCCAGGGGAGAGCACCAAGGAAUCAAGGUGGCCAAGUAGAUAAAUCCUGAACUCACCUCUUUCCAGGAACGUGUGGAAAUUAUUGCACAAAGGUCACUGAGACCACCUGAAGACCAGCUGAAUAGAAGUCUCUAAGGUUAUAAAGAAGGAACCACGUUGACACAGGCAGAUACCGUCAUGCCUCCUUGGGUAGCCUUCCCCAGCCUCAUACUACUUUGGGCAGAUGCUGUAGUUUCUGUGUCAUAUGUGACUGGAGUGGUGGGUCAGUCUGUCACGCUACCCUGUAUCUUUUCAACAGCUCAUGAAAUCUCACCCAUGUGCUGGGGUCGAAGGGCAUGUCCUUCAUUCAGUUGCUCAAAUGAACUCAUAAUGACCGAUGGCUACCAUGUUACCUUUGAGAAGGACAAACGUUAUAGGAUGAAUGGAAUCAUUUCCAGAGGGAAUUUGUCUCUAACCAUACAGAAUGCAGCCCUGUCUGACACUGGCACCUAUUGUUGCCGUAUUGAGUUCAAAGGGUGGUUUAAUGGUUAUAAAAAGAAUAUAUUUUUGGAGAUAAAGCCAGCUCCACCUAAGGUCACCAGUGUUCCAACACCAUCUAAGGUCUUCACUUCUGCUCCUACAACUCCAGCACCAACACUGAACCAUAAGACAGCUCCACCUAAGGUCACCAUGGGCCCAACAUCACCUAUGGUCUCCAUGUCUGCUUCUACAAAGCCAGCAGGAGGGCAGCAGAAAUUCAAGACAGAAACCACUUCAUCUUCUCCACUGCAGACAACAGAAACCCCGCCUAUUACACCACAGGAAGCAAGUACGACCACCUCAGCAUUGAACUCUUCUUGCCCAACAGAUGGGAAUAGCACCGUGACCCAGCCUUCAGAUAGCGGUUGGCAAUACAAUGAAACUCACACGAGCUUGAAACAAAAUAAACAGAGGAACACCAGUAAAUUGUACAUUGGACUCUCCAGUGCUGCCAUGAUAUUGCUCACCAUUUUGGCUGCCAUACUUACCAAAAAAUAUUUAUGUGGGAAAAGAAAGGUGUUUCAUAUAAGCAAAGAGCCUCUGACCGGAACUUCACAAAAUGGAACAUCAGUGCGCUACCAACCACAUGAGAAUCUCUGCUUUGAGAACGAUCUUUAUAACGUUUAUCAAGACCCAUCGGUGCUAGGACCUUUAGGCCUUUGACUGCAGAAAGCACUGACCAGAUCUUACCAUGUCAGUCCUUUUAAGCUCCAGGAUUAUUUUUCUGUCAAUAUUUCAUGGCAUUCCAAUGUGUCUGUGAUGUUGGUUAGAGUAUCUUUAGCUCAUCAGUGUGAAGUCAAACCUCAUUGGUAAUUAGUCUUAAUUUUUUAUAUUAAAAUUGGCUCAAUUUUUCUGGUCAUAGCAGAGCCCUCUCCUAAAUAUGAACUGAACACUUUAGAAUUGUAUAUUCUGUACAGACCUUAUGAAUCCUGUAUCCAUCAAGAAUUCUCAUUGCGUAGACAUGAAAUGAUCCAAUACGUUGGUUACUAAAGCUGUCACAAGGAGGGGAAUAGGACUUAAAAUCAGCAAAUUCGAUUUGGUACUUAAAUGAAUUCACUUGGAAGCAUUUCAUGAUUAACUCUUGUGUGUGUGUGUUUUUUUUUAAUCUUGCAAUCAAAACAUUACAUUUCGUAAGUUUCUCCAAAGGUUUCAAAUUAUGGAGGCACAAGAUUUUUAUUUCCUUCAUGGGGAAAUAGUGUGAUUUCACCAUUAGAUCUGUUUGUUCAUGGCUCUGAAAAUAUGAGGUUUUAAGUGCUUAAGCACUUAAAAGGGGCCAGGGUGGGGCUUUUAAAAGAAGAAGCUAGGAUGGUGAGUGGAGCAAGUAAAUAGGUGGAGAAAAUCAAUGGCCAUGUGAUUUAACACAUGUGUGCUACUUCUGCUACAUCUGUGCCACAUAUAGACAACCAUCAGGGAUUCUGAACUAACUUUUAGAGUGAUGCAGUACAGAGAUAAAUAAAAGGGCAAAAGAAAGGGAGAGGUUAGGGCAAAAGGCCUCUGCCUUAGAAAAGUAAGUGCAAAUCUAAAUCUGUUUGAGAGUGUUACUAGUUUCAACUGGAAUUCUAAAUUGUCCCAAAACCACUUUGAUUAUUAAAAUUAUUUUAGAAGGAUGAAUUUUUUUUUAUAUCAUCAAUUCCAAUGCUGUUUCUUUUCCACAAAUGAAUUAAAUUUUUUGGUUUGCCAAGAGAGCUAAAGCCAAAAAAGGUAAGGAUAUUUUUAGCCACCAGAAACUUUUUUUCUUCAUAUCAGAAACAUUUCGACAUGAAUAGUUCACAAGGCUGGGUAGUAAUUUCAAUUUGAGUUAAUUUUGAAAUAAUUCACACUUGAUGUUCAGUGCUACCCACACCAAAGUGGCCUAGGAGGGCAGGAUGCUUGUUUUUGAAGGCAACAUUUUUUAUAUAUAACUACAGAAUUCUAGAAAAUUAUAGCACCUCUGAAUAAAGGUUACAGUAUAUGGGCAAGUAAUAUUGUUGAGCAUUGUCCACUGGGUUUCCCAAAUAGGGUGAGAUUAAUAUGGCUUAUACAUUUUUGUUCAAACCAUAGCAUUUUUCUUUUAAAUUCAAGACAACAUGCAGGAGGCAGCUUAUGUAUAUUGCACAUUGAUGGUUCUCUCUUUUCCCUUCCUCCUCUAAAAAUCAAACUAUUCUUUUAGAUGAACAAACGAAUGAACAAAUAAAUAGGCAAGCUAGUGUGGCUGCAGCAAAGUGAGUGAGGAGGUUUGGAAAGAGAUUAGCUGGAGACAUGGGCACCCUCUCACGGGGGCUGAAUGCAAAGGGCCCUAUGAACACACCUGUUGAGAAGGGUCCCACUCUUAGGAAACAAAACACUUCAUGUAAAGGGUUAAACAUUCUAUGCAUCACCAAAUUAUGAUACCAUUGAUUAACGUGCUAUCUGGAAGUAAAGAGAUAAUUUGUCUUUUGCUCUCCCCCAAUCAAAAGCUUUGGUCAGUUGGGUUUGAACAGCUUUGAGUGGUCGGGAGAUACAUUCCCCAGACUGUCUCUUUGACUCUUGAUUACAUCAGUUUUUCUGAGGAAAUAGAAAAAAGUCAUGGCUUCAUCUAGAGCAAUGGUUCUCAACCUUCCCAACCAUAAAAUU